AUCUAUAUUAUCGUUUCCAUCCCUAACAGUAAAUAAACAUGUAUUUUAACUUGUAGCCAGUUAUUUGGUGCGGUGUGUCUUAUUUUGAUAUCGAAUUGUUAGAAUAUAUUUUUAGUGUGUUUCAGCAUUGUGACCGCUAUGAUUGAAGAAGUACAAAGGCACUCUGUCCACACGCUGGUCUUCAGGUCUCUCAAGAGAAGUCAUGACAUGUUCCUGUCCAACCAAGGAGUUCUAGCGCCAGUCGACGAGACAGCGGAGCGGGUGAAGAAGCUGGUGAAGGCGCGCGACGCGUACGGGCUGGUGCUGGAGCGUGCCAGGCGCAGCAACGCCCUGAAGCAGCAGGCGCUGGAGAGCCACGAGGCCUUCCCCCACCACCACGUGCAGUUGCACCAGCAGCAGCUGCUGCCCAUCGAGAUGAUGCCAGACACGGGCUACCUGGGCGGGGACGCGGCACUGGGCGGCGAGGGCUCCUUGGUGCCGGUGAGCGCCGUGCAGGCCCCCGCCCCUCCCCAGGUGCAGGCCAUGGUCCCGCGCAAGCUGCCCGCCAUGCCCAAGCCCCGGUGGCACCCCCCCUGGAAGCUGUACCGCGUCAUCUCGGGCCACUUGGGCUGGGUGCGCUGCGCGGCCGUGGAGCCGGGCAACCAGUGGUUCGCCACUGGCUCGGCCGACCGCGUCAUCAAGAUCUGGGACCUGGCCAGCGGCCGCCUGAAGGUGUCCCUGACGGGCCACAUCAGCAGCGUGCGGGGCCUGGCUGUCAGCAGCCGGCACCCCUACCUCUUCAGCUGCGGCGAGGACCGCCAGGUCAAGUGCUGGGACCUGGAGUACAACAAGGUGAUACGCCACUACCACGGGCACCUCAGCGCCGUGUACACGCUGGCGCUGCACCCCAGCAUCGACGUGCUGGCGACGGCCGGCCGGGACUCCACGGCGCGCAUCUGGGACAUGCGCACCAAGGCCAACGUGCACACGCUCACCGGCCACACCAACACCAUCGCCAGCGUCAUCUGCCAGGCCGCGGAGCCCCAGGUGGUGACGGGCAGCCACGACUGCACCAUCCGGCUGUGGGACCUGGCGGCCGGCAAGAGCCGCGCCACGCUCACCAACCACAAGAAGAGCGUGCGCUCCCUGGUGUUCCACCCCACCCUGUACAUGUUCGGGUCGGCGUCGCCCGACAACAUCAAGCAGUGGAUGUGUCCGGACGGCAGGUUCAUCCAGAACCUGGCGGGCCACAACGCCAUCAUCAACUGCCUGGCCGUGAACCCGGAGGGCGUGCUGGUGUCGGGGGCGGACAACGGCACGCUGCAUUGCUGGGACUGGCGCACCGGCUACAACUUCCAGCGCCUGCAGGCACCUGUGCAACCUGGCUCGAUGGACAGCGAAUCAGGGAUCUUCUCGAUGAUCUUCGACCACAGCGGCAGCCGCCUGAUCACCACGGAGGCAGACAAGACCAUAAAGAUAUACAAAGAGGAUGACACUGCGACGGAGGAGUCUCACCCCAUCCACUGGCGGCCGGAGAUCCUCAAGAGGAGGAAGUACUGAGCCCCAGCAUCCGUUUGCCUGCAGCCAGUCCUGCUGUGUACAAUCCAUUCUGUUUAUUGUUGCACUAUUGUGCAUUUCAUUCAAGACUUCUUUGCUAAUGAAAUGUCUACAUAAAAUUAACGAAAACUGGUA